GGCUAUCGCAUCUUUUGGGUCAUAAAUAGUCGAUAAACCAGGCGUCAAUCUGUAUGCCGCCCCCACUUAUAGAUUAGAAAUUCUGCCCACAGUUCGACUAAGAGGGUUGGACAACUUACUUUCAAUGUUUGAGUCUUGGCCCACGAUCAGACAGUUGUCACACUCAUAGGUGGACGGUUGGGCUUACAAUUAGACGAGAACAGCUUGAGAACUAGUGAAGAAAAUGAGCUGCUUGCUUAUCAGCAUAAUAGCACUCCUCGCUCUCAUCGGCCACGGAGCCGUGGACGCACGCACGGGCUAUGGACCUGGUGAACAGGAUUGGGGAUUCGUCGAUGUUCGGACCGGAGCUCAUAUGUUUUAUUGGCUCUACUAUACUACCGCCAAUGUGACAAGUUAUACAGAACGUCCUCUGGCAAUUUGGCUGCAAGGUGGUCCAGGUGCCUCUUCGACUGGCUAUGGCAAUUUCGAGGAAUUGGGACCACUGCAGCUCGAUGGAAGCUAUCGCGAAUGGACUUGGGUCAAGGAUAUGAAUGUUAUUUUCAUUGAUAACCCCGUGGGCAGUGGAUUCAGCUAUGUCGAUGGUUCCCCGUAUUAUACUACGACUAAUAAGCAAAUUGCCUUGGAUUUGGUCGAGUUCAUGAAGGGUUUCUACAAACUGCAUCCCGAAUUCAAAACCGUGCCCCUGCACAUUUUCUGUGAAAGUUAUGGAGGCAAAAUGGCACCUGAAUUCGCUUUGGAGCUCUACUAUAGCAUUCAACGCAAGGAGAUUGAGAGCAACUUCGUAUCGGUGGCCCUGGGUGAUCCUUGGACUUCGCCCAUUGAUUCGGUUUUGUCAUGGGCACCAUUCCUCCUUCAAUUGGGCAUUGUCGAUGAGUCGGGCUACGAUAAAAUUCAUGCAUCAGCCUUGAAGACCCAGGAUUAUGUUGACAGGGAGAAGUGGACACAGGCCACGCUACAGUGGAGUUCCACCCAGUCGGUUGUGUUGCGUGAGUCGAAGGGUGUGGAUUUCUAUAAUGUGGAAACACCGACUCGUGGAGAUCAAUAUGCUCUGAGGGCUUUGGAUGAGCUGAGCCAAGAGGAACUCAUGUAUCGCACUCUGGUGCACUACGACAUUGAUGAGGAUCGUGAUCAGAUUUUGGAGGACUUAAUGCUGGGUCCUGUUACCCAAGCUCUAAACAUAACCACAGGCAUUAAGUGGGGUGCCCAGAGCGGUUCAACCUUUACCAAGCUAAUGGCUGACUUUAUGAAACCUGCUGUCCACAUCGUGGGUGAACUUCUGGCCAAUACGACCGUUAAGGUCGGCGUCUUCUCGGGUGGUUUGGACUUGAUUUGUGCUACUCCAGGUGCAGUUAAUUGGAUCGCCGAUAUGGAAUGGCCAGGCAAGGAGGCCUAUAUAGCCUCACCUCGCACUGGCAUCAAUGUGAAUCGCGUGUUGGAGGGCUAUGAAAAGACUUCGGGAAAUUUCAGCAUGUUUUGGGUGAAUCGCGCAGGACAUAUGGUACCUGCUGACAACCCGUCAGCCAUGGCUUAUAUAUUGCGCCAUUUUACCAACUUUGGUUGAUCCAUUGCACAUCUGCAAAAGCGAAAACAGCAAACAAACAUUAAAGUUUUUUUUUUCUUAUAUACAUACGUAUUUAUCGAAAUCCUUAUUAAAUGAUUAUUCAAAAAUUAA